UUCGAGUCAUAGUCCAUUCCUGUCCUUGUUACCCUAUUUGUCCUUCCUUGGAUUUCCUGCUGCUUCCUGCUUAGUCCCACCUCAAGCUAGACUCAAGGGAUCUCUUUGAUUUACACUUACCCUACAUUCAUAGCUAGCGUGUCCCAAAUGUCCGCCAUCAGAACAUCCAUACUUCGCUCUUUUCGAGCUACUCCUACAACUUCCAGAGCCAUUGUUGUUUCCCAAAAAUUUACUGCUUUCCGGCAAUCACUCCACCUUCAUCCCGCAUACCAGACUGCUAGGCGAUGGAAUUCCAGCGUCCCCGAGAAUCCUCAGUUAGAAGCACCCGAAAAUGGAAGUAGUCCCAGACAAGUGGGUCAGAUUGAACCACGGCUGCAAAUGACGUUCACUUGCACUGCUGAUGAUUGUGGCCAUCGUUCUACGCACGAGUUCUCCAAAAGAAGCUAUCAGAAGGGUAUCGUGCUUGUGCAAUGCCCAAGCUGUAAAGCAAGACAUCUGAUAGCAGACCAUCUUGGAUGGUUCAAAGAAAGCCUUGAAGGAGGAAAACUCAAGACAGUCGAAGAUUUAUUAGCAGCGAAGGGGGAGAAGAUAAAAAAGGGACGAAUCAACUUUGAUGGGGAUAUCGAAAUUGAAGACGAAUAGAUUUUGAAGGUGAUGUAGCACUAUUCUUCCUAUUGGAAAAUUGGCAGCGUACAUUUAUUUGCUAGCUGAUGCUCGUUUGCUCAUUGGUGCAUGCUUACAACGUCA